AUGUUGCGACACUAUUUGACUCGAUUCAACAAUAAUGCACUCAGAUAUGGACGUCAACUUCAGUUGAGAACAUUUGCUUCUAAAAAUCCAUCUCAGUGGAGAAAAACCGAUCAUGACACUAAAAAGCAACCUCAAAUAUCAACACCAGGUCGUCGUUAUAUUGAAGUAGAUUCUCCUUUAGCAAAAGCCAAUCGAUAUACCUAUGUUAAGCCUGAUGACCCCUUUUAUGCCUCCGAGAAAGUGACUCGUAUAUUGAGUAUGGGCACUGUAGAUGACGCAGCAGAUUAUGUGAAAGCACUUCCUAUCUAUUUACAAUCCACAGUGGUAUGGAACCAAUUACUCGGUUAUUGCGCCAGACAUGGUAGAGCCAAUUAUGCUGAAAAUUAUUAUGUCCAAAUGCGGAAAAGAGGAUUCGAGCCCAAUGAACGUACAUUUACACAUAUGCUUACAGCUUAUGCCAAAAGCAAUUCACCACAAGCCGUUGAACAAGCAGAAUCCUGGAUACAAAAAAUGAAAGACUUUAAUUUACAACCCUCAACCAUUCAUAUCAAUAACCUUAUGCGUGUCUAUAAUAAUAAUCAACUAGCCAAGAAAACCAUAGAGACACUAAAGCGUAUUUCUGUGGAUACCAUGACCAUUCCUGAUGCUGUAACAUAUACAAUUGCACUACAAGCAUGUCCUCAACUGCCACACGGUAUAGAUUCUAUCAAUUACAUUUGGAGAGAUGUAAUGUUUCGUUUAGAAAAGAAAAGUCGACAACCUACUUCUCUAUUAGCACAAAAAGCUCAAAAAAUUGCAGUUUCUUCAGAGCCCACAGUCGCUACUAGUGCUCGAGAUGCUGACUUGGCAAUCGAUGAUUCAUUGGUCGUUGCUCUUCUUAAUGCUACUGCUCAAUCAGCACAUAGACAAGAUGAUAUCAUUGUAGUAUUGACUACCCUUGACCGUCUUUAUUCUUUAUGUCCACCAGAAGCAGAUCAAAUAAUGCGGAAAUACCAUGUCGAUCGAAAAACUGGGUUUGGAUUCCCACUUUCUGUCAAAGUAUUAGAUGCUAUUUUACGAUUCUCAGGCAGAGUCAAACAAUACAAACUUGGACAAGUAUAUUAUCAAUUAGCACUGCAGCAAUAUCCCCGCUUAAAACCAGACAAGUACUGUCUUAGUGCUAUUAACUGGAUUGAUAAACAAGUAAAGCCUCGUCCUUCGUUUCAUAAAAGAAAAUAGAAUAAAAAUGCAUGGUUGACAAGGGGAGUUUAAACCUUCAAACCUGCCGCUGUUACAGAUUUU